AUGGCUGGUGCAGGGGAAAGCUGGUUCCUUGGAAGGCCGAAGCUCGGGAUCUUCAAAAACGCCCCAAUUCACACCACGAAGCAUGUCCCCUUCGUACGCGGAAAUGUGCAGGAUUUUUUCAAGCGUACAGGAGACCAGCGUGCACACCAAGUGCUUUUCAGCAAGGUAAAGCAAUGUCAGCGGUGUAGAAAAUCAUGCGCUGUGACGCUUUCUGUCUGUAAUCGUUGCAGCGCCUCUCUGGACGACGUCCAGGUGACGGAAACGCCCAAUCUAUUCAGUGCCUUUAUGCUUGGCAUAGAAGACAGUGGGCAUUUUUCUCUCCGAAUUUCCAUUCGGUAUGAAACGGAGUCGUACCUUGUCUUUGAUGAUCCGCUUGCUCUUUCACCAGCGCAUUUCUGCACCAUCCCUACGACAGAUUUUAUACCAGAUUGGCGCUAUCUCCUUCGGGUUCCAAAGGAGGGACUUGAGAUCGUGCAAGCCCUUGUGAGUGCGUCCCACAAGACGUUUAGGGAACAAUUUCUUGCAGAUCCUGAAUGGACCUCAUCAAUUUUGCUUGACUCGGAUCUGGUGGAGGCGAAGCAUACUCUUAUUGGAUUUAAUUUCCCACCGUCGCAGAAUCAAUUGCACCUACAGUACAUUGCACCACCAUUAAUCCCUCACCAAUAUUUCAUGUAUUCUCGCGGUCAGCACUUCACUUACAACCGGUUUUUCCCUUUGAGCUAUGUGCAAAAAUGCCUCAGCGCGCUCACAAAAAAACCUGAUCCAUUAGGAAAACAUGCCUCCCUCCUAGACCUCCCCAUUGAUGAAAUGGUGGACAUUUUGGACAGUGAAUGUGAUAUUUCAUACAAAAGCGAGCACGCCAAAUUCUUUUUGCGUGUAGAGGAGAUGCAAAAUCGUUUUGCCAAUUGGACCAAAGACAAAUUUCAGGGGAGGUACAUAUUGCCCGAAAACGAUGACGCCAAGAAAGGAAGUCUAUUGUUCAAACCCUUCUCCGGUGAUAGUUUUUAUGUUGAUGAGAACGUUGCAUUCGCCGAGGAAAAGGAAAAACUUCAGAACUAUGGAAGACCUUACAAUGAGGAGGGUAAGCCCAGUGGAGGCUUCUACGCAUUUCCAAAAAGCUUGGAGGACAUCAAGGUUUGGUCCUAA